UGAAGAGGUGGAACAUCUGGAGCUCAUUUGUGUGCUCAGAGUGGGCAAAAGCUCCAAAAAUAGGCUUUAAAACUAUUUUCCAUAUUAAUUGUCGUCCACGUACCCGCAUCAUUGUUACAUGUCGACGCGACUCUCUAUGGGUAUAUGACGUCUGCAUACACCAGUCGUCGUGCUAUCGGGUUAUCUGUGUAGGCUUUCCGCGGUGGCGCACGGACCGGUAUGGAUUUACCCAUGACGAGACAAGACACGCCGCGAAGCCCUGCACCAAACUUUUGAUUGUCAUCGUUACCUCUCGACCCCGGAUCAGAAGAAAGCGCCGAACUUUGCUAAAGCAGCUGUGGAAAGCUGGUGGCCACAUGUGAGCACAUUUGGAGACAAAUAUUUGCCGGAGCGUCUUUUCGCUGCUCUCUACUACAUCUCUCAUGGGGUGACCCACAUUCAGCUCUGCAGAAGAGACUGCUAGGCAGGUGGCCUCCCUCCUAGUCUGGGCCCUUUUGCUGUCCUUUUCUUAAAGGCGAUGAUUAUCAGCGUCAACACUCUGCACAUCUCCACUGUGUGAAUGAAUCUUUGCCGUAAAGCCGCUGUGCUCUGCCACCCUGUCAUCAUGAGGAGCAGAUAUUCCCAGUACUACAACAAGAGUCUGAUCCACUACCACUAUGCCUAUGCAAAGAAUAUGACCCCCCAGGAGCUGGAUAGGUAUAUAGAUGUUAAAAAACAGCAACAGCUCACCACCCUCAACAUUGUUUUCGUGGUCAUCUGCGCCAUCAUCAUCCUGGAGAACCUGCUGGUCCUGGCUGCCGUCUGCCGUAAUAAGAAGUUCCACUCCGCCAUGUUUUUCUUCAUUGGCAAUCUAGCAUUCUCUGACCUGCUGGCAGGGUCGGCCUACAUAGCCAACAUUUUUCUGUCAGGAUAUAGGACCUUUGAGCUGGUGCCUGUCCAGUGGUUCAUUCGAGAGGGCACGGCGUUUAUUGCUCUGGCAGCUUCAGUCUUCAGCUUGUUGGCGAUAGCAAUAGAGCGCUACACUGCAAUCACCAAGGUCAAGGUGUAUGGCUCCACCAAAACAUGUCGCAUGUUUCUUUUAAUAGGAGCUUGUUGGGUCACCUCAAUCCUGCUUGGAGGACUUCCCAUCAUUGGCUGGAACUGCAUCAGUGACCUUCCUGAGUGCUCUGCUGUUUUGCCACUCUACUCAAAGAAAUACAUCCUCUUUGUUGUGUCCAUUUUCAGCCUCAUACUACUUUCUAUUGUCAUCCUCUAUGUGAGGAUCUAUUUAAUUGUACGCUCCAGCCACCAGGAAGCAACCAACUCCCCGGCCUAUGCCCUUUUAAAAACUGUCACCAUAGUGCUGGGAGUCUUCAUCAUGUGCUGGCUGCCUACAUUUACCAUCCUCCUUCUAGAUUCAUCCUGCAGCAUACAGUCCUGCUCAAUUCUCUCCAAAGCACACAUAUUUUUUGGCUUCGCCACUCUAAACUCAGCGCUUAACCCAGUGAUCUAUACACUGCGCAGCAAAGACAUGAGAAAGGAGUUUCUGCGUGUGUUGUGCUGCUGGGGUGUGCUGCAGAGCGGGCGGCCCGCUGACCGUUGCCUGGUCCCUCUUAAGAGCUCCAGCUCUCUGGAACACUGCACUCACAAACAUGAACACCAGACCACACCUAUCAUGCAAGAUUGUACCACCUGUGUCUGAUAUGGUGCAUAAUAAUCAGAGCACGUGUGUGUGAGUGUGCGAGUGUGAUCGGACAGAAUGUCUGCGUGUAAAUGAGCCCGAGAAGAGAGCAGAGAGACUGUGAUGAGACAGCCAAAUGUGACAAACCAAGCAAGCACACAAGCGAGACUGACCUGUGUCAAAGGCUGUAACACAGCUGUCCGUCAAGAUGCAUUCAACAAUCUCGACAUUUCUUAUUGCAAUCAAAACUGUGUGAAUUCACAAUCAGACUUCUAUCAAUUCACCCAAACAGCAGGUGUAAAAAUUCAAUGUUUCAAGUGGAGACCAGAUCCACAUGUGAGAACUUUAGAAAUGUGAAAAUAGCUUUUUCAUAGGUACGCUCAUUGAUAAAUAUGGAGCUGCAAGCCAUUUCUGUGUAUAUUCUUCUCAUCUUCUUUUCCUUUCUAAAUACAUAAAUCUGUAUUAAAAGCCAAAAAAAAACAUAAAAUGCAUAUUAUCAAAGUUAUGGUGAGUUGUUUUGGACCUUUCAAGAACUCCAUCAAUGCAAAGCUCACAAAGUUGCACUUUGUAGAUUUACUUGAGAGAUUGUUGUUUUUUUUAAGGUUUAAACCACAUAACUCUCCUUUACUGAUAUGUGUAUAAAUUAGGCCUCUUAUUUUGCAUAGAGCUGGAGGUAGUGAUCAUCUUUACUCACUCCAAAGAAGUCAAAAUAGCAAGAGUGCUCCCUUAACAUAAUGAGGGCUAUAUAGUCCCUAUAUAACCUUGCUUAAAAUAUUAACUAUGAAAAACUUACAUAAUCUGCAUACAUGUAAUGCAUGAAUUCUAACUUAUUCGUAAACACUGAUGUGUAUGAUAUGUAACAGCUCCAGCUUUCAUCACUAACACCCUUCCCACAUUUGUUGUCACAAUCUGUCCCUCUUGCUUUUACUGUUGUCUUUGUAUCUUAAUAUUUUCCGCUGAGGAAGGCCUAAUCAGAAAGCACAUUUCCUGAAAUGAGUUGGCACUGAUGAAUUUUACUCAGUGACAACUGCACAGCAGCUUUGAUAAAUGGGACUAAUGUCCUGACAGUGUUGUAGCAACGUAGCAGAAAUGUGCAGUCUCUGUGUGAACCUUCCUCUUUGGAUUACGGCUGAAUGUAUGUAUGAAGUGUUUGGAGCGGGCGCUCCAUUGUUGACAGUAUUAGUGGUCAUCAUUUUGAAUCACCAAAUCAGUGACAAGCAGAGAUGAACAGAUCAGGACACUUUCACUGUGAAGUCUUAAAUAGCAACAUGAACAAUUAUUUGUGAACAUCUUGGUUUAAUUUGCUGGCCAUAUGCCUCGUGCAACUACAGACAUAAACACGUCUCAUCUUUCCAAAGACCCCCCGCCCUCCCUUCAAAAUAGGAGAGGGUCCGGUUUCUUCCCUCCUGGGAGGUUAGCUUCAUCCUCAGUCUCUCACAUCGUUCAACAUGCAACUUCCUUCAGCCACAGGAAGUCCUGUUUUUCAUUGUCCGGUUCCUGUUGUUCGGGAUCAGACUAACCUUCUUCCUGUAGACAAACAUUUAAAAACUCCUCUCCCCUACAGUGUUUUUUUCUCAUAUUUAGAUGGCCAAGUAGAAAUGGUGAAAAGCACUUUGGCAGCUUCAGUGAUUUUUGUUUUCCCUCAAUAUUUUUCAGAUGGAGAAACAUUUUUAAUCUGUGUACCUAUUUCUUCAUUGUGUUGCCUGACUCUGUGAUGUUUUUUAUAAUAAAUACAUGAAUAACUAUGUAUGUUUGUAAGUAUGUAUGUGUGUAAUUUUGUAAAGUAUGUAUGAUUUGUGUGAAAUGUCUCGUGUGCAAUAGCCUUAUGUGUCCAGUAGCACGCUGCCUGUGUUAAAUCGGUACAUUUUGAAACACUAAUGUAGGUACAUAGACAUUUUGUUAAUUGCAUUCCCUUUUUAUAAAAUAAAUGAAAUACAGAAUGA